UUCCAGAAACAGCCACUGCUUCAUGUUCCUUAUAAAUUAGCACCCUCGUAAAGGUAAACCAAGAAGGUUAUCCUUACUCAGCUGGCAUCGGUAUUUAAUUAUUUUUCAGAUUUUUGUCAUUUGUUUUAAAUGAGAUUUGGGGCCGUUCCAUGAUUGUUACCGGAUUUACCAAUGCACAAAAGUCAGAAUGUAUUUGGAAACUACAUUUGGAAGGGUUAUUUUUGUUUUUUGGAUUUUUCUCCAAGUUCAAGGAACCAAAGAUCUCUCCAUUAAAAAGUACCAUUCUGAAACGAAAGACAUAGACAAUGCCCCAAGAAUCGAAACAGCUGAAAGUACUGCAAAAAUGUACAAACUGUCAACCAUGAGACGAAUAUUCGAUUUGGCAAAGCAUCGAACAAAACGAUCAGCAUUUUUCCCAGCUGGGGUUAAAGUCUGUCCUCAGGAAUCCAUGAAACAGAUUUUAGCCAGUCUUCAAGCUUAUUAUAGAUUGAGAGUGUGUCAGGAAGCAGUGUGGGAAGCAUAUCGAAUCUUUCUGGAUCGGAUCCCUGACACAGGCGAGUACCAGGACUGGGUCAGCAUCUGCCAGCGGGAGACUUUCUGCCUCUUUGACAUUGGGAAAAACUUCAGCCACUCCCAGGAGCACCUGGCUAUUCUACAGCAGAGAAUAAAACAGAGACACUUCCCUGAGAGAAAAGAUGAACUAUCCACAGAAGAGAUAUUAGGAGAGCCACAUGAAACCUCUGUGUUUUCAACAGAUCUUACCGGUGACUCACUCUGGCCCUUUCCUCUCACUCCUGAUGACACACUCCUCAACAACACCAAGAUGCCUACAAUAGAAAGAGAAAUAGAAUUCACUGAGGCAUCCAAGGGCCCACUGGUGCAGCAGGUGGAGCUGAGCAUCUCUCUGACAAGCCAUAAGUUCAAGUCAGAGCUCACGGACUCCCAGUCCCCAUAUUACCAGGAGCUAGCAGUGAAGUCUCAAGUUCAGAUGCAAAAGGUAUUUAAGAAACUUCCAGGAUUCAAAGAAAUCCAUGUGUUAGGAUUUAGACCAAAAAAAAAGGAGGAUGGUUCAAGCUCCAUAGAGAUACAACUUAUGGCCAUCUUUAAGAGAGACGGUGCAAAAGCAGAAAGGACUGCAAGUGACCUGCUGUCUUUUGAUUCCAACAAAAUUGAAAGUGAAGGAGUCCUUCAUGGAAUGAUGGAGGAGGACAAACAACCAGAAAUCUAUCUCACAGCUUUAGACCUCAAAAAGUUGAUCAGCAGAGCACUACAGGAAGACAAAUCCUUGGAUGUGGGGACAAUUCAGUUCACUGAUGGUCAGUUGGUCAUUUCAUAGUUCUAGGUUUAUCCU